AUGCAUGUCGUCUUCCCCGUAGUAUAUUAUUUUCCGGGUCUCGGAAGAACCUAUCCAUGUCUGUGCAUUCGAUACUCUCUGUACACGCUUGUCGCUACUUUCUCUAAGGGUAAGACCAGUACAUACGACCAUAGGGUGUGGAGAACAGGGCUUCCCGUCCGCUCAGCCGUACUUAAGCCACACGCCGGCCGGUUAGUAGUUGGGUGGGUGACCACCAGCGAAUCCCGGCUGUUAAGAUCGAAAGUUGGAAUUAAUUCAGGAACGCCGCAAACUCGCCGAGUCUCUACCGCCGCUUAUCAACGUGAGACAGAAGAGCAAGACAAUGUUGUGUGCCUAAAGCAAAGGGCUCCUGCCACUGAAGCCACAUAUUCUAGGGCAAAUGAGAACUGGUGUCUCUGGCGAUUGUCUCGAGAUGAAAAUGAGAGCAAAAAUUCUGCAAAGGAGGAGCCGGAUCCAUCUGCUCAAACACUGAAACUUUUUGCAGAGGAUUUUGUUGCUACUCGCAAACAGAUACCUUCUCAGUAUUCAGUGCGUCACACAAUAUCCUGUUUUGUUGCAGAAUGGGAGAGGAAAACUGGUCGAACUCAUCCGAAACACCUGAAGAAUGAUGUUUACAAUGUGGGUCACGAGUCUAGGGC